UUAACAGCCUGUCUGUCAAACCAAGAAAACCUUACUACAGGGAGAACGAGAGGAUAGGUGGACGUGGAGAGACAAAAAAACCUUACGUUUUUCUUGUGCCCCCUUCAAAUAAUAAAAGAAAGAUGCAUCUAUGGCCUACGAUGAGGAUAAGGGAGUCAUUCAAGAUUUCAUAUUUGAAAAAAUAUGACUGGAAUCUUCAGAGAAUGAAUAGUGAAAAGAAGCGGCAGUCUCAAGAAGCCAACGACAAAAGCAACCAGCAAAGACUCUUGGAUGAUGCUGGUGAGAACAGCACUAACCAGCAGAAACCAGCAAACAAUUCUAAAGCUGUUAUGAUUUGCAGAGAGAUUCUCAUGGUCAUCACUUGUUGCUACUGUUGCUUCUGUUUUGGAGCCUGUGUUGAUCAAGACGAGGAAUGAUGCUGUUUUGGAAGGGGUUAGGCCACUGGAUCUGCUUUUUGAAGAUAAUAUUUCAGAAGGUGGGACAGGAAUUGUACAGUUUAGGUGUUAGUGUUUGCUAGCGUCACGGACUUCAUUCUUAAUAGAAAAUGAAGUGAUUUGUGAUCAAAACUGAUAUCAUGCCGUUGAGAGUAUGCAGUAAGCUUAAUGUUUCUAUCUGGAGAUUA